CUGCGAGCCUAGCCUAAUCCUGGCCGUGCACUGCCGAGGAUCUCCCAUAAUCCGAGGAACGUCCCUCCGAAUCUUCGCCCGCCUCGAUAGUCUACGAGCGCGAUACAGAGUCCCAAGUAUCAGGAUAUUGCUGCUGUUCUCAUGAUGUCGAAGAACCUGAGUCACGAUGACUACACGGUGGGAUGGAUCUGCCCAUUGGAGGUGGAGCAGAUUGCUGCAUUGGAGAUGCUAGACGAAGAGCAUCACCGUCUGCCACAGCCUCCAACGGAUCGCAAUGUGUAUACUCUUGGAAGCAUUGCGGGUCAUAAUGUCGUCAUUGCCGGACUUCCCCAGGCGGACAACAAAGCCGCAGCUCAGGUUGUCACGCAGAUGAGGACAACCUUCCCACAUCUUAAGUUCGGCUUGUUGGUUGGUAUUGGGGGCGGCGUGCCUGUAAAAACAGACAAUGGAAUGAUCCGGCUUGGAGAUGUCGUGGUUAGCAAACCAGCAGGCGGGCAUUCCGGCGCUGUGCAAUACGAUCAGGGGAAAGCCAAAGACGGUCAGUUCGAACGUACCGGUGCUCUCGCCCCACCUCCGGACGUGCUCCUCAGUGCUGCGCAAGAUCUGGCGGCGAAGCGAGCCCGCUUGCGUACAGAUCCAGUUAAAGAGAACAUCAAGAGGAUUAACACGACCAUUCAAGGACUUCGAAGGUUCAAAUAUCCAGGCCCAGAACUGGACCAUCUAUACGAAGCAGACUACAUACAUCCCAAGCCUGGGGUCUCCUGCGAUGAGUGUGGAUGCGACCCUUCGCGCCGGAUCCAGCGAGCGGCUGAUGAGGAUGACGAACCGUCUGUGGUCAUCUAUAGAGGAAACAUUGCAUGUGGGGAACUGGUGGUCAAGAAUGCUCUGUUAAGGGACCAACUAGCCAAAGAGUACGGAUUGAUAUGUUUCGAGACAGAGGCAGCAGGUGCACUGGGUGCAUUCCCAUGCAUUGUAAUCCGUGGGAUCUCGGACUAUGCCGACUCGCAUAAGAAUGACCAAUGGCACGGAUAUGCGGCGGCGGUGGCGGCAGCAUAUGGGAGACAGCUCUUCUUCCACAUGCCAAUUGAUGAAGUGAAGCGGUGUGUACAGGUACCCGAUAGUUAAC